AUGUUUCGUGUUGUAAAUAUAAGACGAACAAGUUCGGGAUACCAUAGUCAACGUAGUGAAGAACAGAAUAAAGAUGUUGGGGGUACAAAUGAAGCCACAACAAAUAGUGGCUCAAAUAAACAUAAAAAGCAAACCGAUGAUGAAGAAGAAGAAGAUGAACCGGUUUAUAUUGAAUCAAGUCCAUGUUCUCGGUGGCAAAAACGACGUGAAACAGUUGCUCAACGUGAUAUUCCCGGUAUUGAUGCGUCUUAUUUAGCAAUGGAUACAGAAGAAGGUGUAGAAGUUGUUUGGAAUGAAAUUUUAUUUUCAGAAAAAAAAAUUAGUGAUAUUCAACACAAUAGAAUUAGUGAAGUUUUUGAUAAAUUAAUUGAAUUAAAUCAUAUGAAUAUUGUUAAAUUUCAUGGAUAUUGGCAAGAUCGAAUCAUACAUGAUGAUCGUCCACGAGUCGUCUUUAUUACGGAAUACAUGUCAAGUGGUUCCUUAAAACAAUUUUUACGUAAAACGAAAAAAACUAAACAAAAUUUAUCAAAAAAUUCAUGGAGACGUUGGUGUAUUCAAUUAUUAUCAGCACUUAAUUAUUUACAUUCUUGUGAAGAGCCAAUUAUUCACGGUAAUCUAACUUGUGAUACAAUUUUUAUUCAAAAUACCGGUCUAUUAAAAAUUGGAUCGAUCCAUUAUCCUCAGUUGAAAGCGUUUGCUGAUUUGGAAAUCGUUGCUCCAGAUGUGUUACAUCGUCAUGUAAAAAGUAAUUCAGAUUCAGCAGCUAAAAUUUUAUUUUUUAAAGCACCAGAAAUCGAUACAGAAUUAAGUCAUAUUACAACAGCUGUUGAUAUUUAUUCACUUGGAAUGGUUACACUUGAAAUGAUAAAUCUUGAUGUUGGUGGAAAUGGUGAUGUACAUCCAGUAACAGAUGAAGUUGUGAAUGAAGCUAUUCAAACACUUGAUGUUCCUGUACAAAAGAAUCUCAUUUUAAAAUGUCUUGAGUCUGAUCCAUUAAAACGACCAACAGCACGUGAAUUACUUUUCCAUCCAGCUUUAUUUGAAAUACCAUCAUUAAAAGUUUUAUCUGUUCAUUCAUUAGCCGAUGAUAUUCGUUUAAAUCCAGAUCGUUCAUUUGUUGUACCUGCUAUUUAUCCAAUAUCAAAUGAUCAAGUAUUUGCUGAAAUAGAAUCAAAUCGUGAAGGUGUUAAACCAAUUAUUUAUACUUACAAAGAUUGUCCAUCAUUUGAUUUAGAUAAAUUAAUUGAAGAUGUUCAAAAUGGUUUAUAUCCUAUAACAGCAUAUCAUCUUUUAUAUCCUACUCGUAGUUCAUUAACCGGUGCAACAAAACCAACUCAUACAAACAGAAUUUUUACUUCAUCAGCAUCAUCUGUAUCAUCAUCAAUAUCAACCACAACAGAAAAUGAUUUAAUGCCAUCUAUACAAACAAUAACAGAUUCAUCAAAACUUCUUUCAAAUAAUAUAAAUGAUUCAAAUUCAUCAACAAUAAUUAAUAAUGGAACAAAAUCUCGAAAUGGAACAACACUAACAACAACAAAAAAUGAAAGAUCAUUGUCUGUAGCAGGCGAUAAUGAACGUUAUCGACGAGAUUCUGUCUUAUCAUCAACAGGAACUAAUAAUAAUAAUACAACAAUAACAUCUAUUACAAAUACAGAUGAAAAAGAAAAUCGACGAAUUAUUGAUAUUCAAUGUAAAAUAAAAACAAAAGAAACUGGUUUAUGCCUGUUAUUAAUUAGUGUGAAAUUUCAAGAUCGAUUACAACGUGAUAUGACUGCAGAAAUUGAACAAGAUGAAACUCCUCAUAAUAUUGUUAAAGAAUUAUUAGAACUUGGUCUAAUUCAUGAGAUUGUAUCUUGA